AUGACUUGGUCUGCGAACUUCUCGGCCUGGUGGAACUACUGGGGCGAGGGGAUUACGUACGAGAGGGAUACUGAGCUUCUCGAUCGCAUCCACCCCUGCCGUAUCAAGAGCCUUGAGAAGUGGAUGAGGGUGAACAAGUAUGACGGCAAGCACAAGCUUGUGCUGAAGAUGAACGAAGACUGGGUGGAGAAGAACCGGGGUAACCAUGGCCUGCAAAAGUAG